AUGGACUCAAGGCAUUUUUCUUCAGGCUCUCAGCAGCAGGUUCGACUCAGGAAAAAGAGGACAAAGAGAGAAUGGAGACCGCUGGAGGACCGGAGCUGCACGGACCUGCCCUGGUUCCUGCUCUUCACCGUGUUCUGCGUCGGCAUGGUAACCAGAACCCGAACACACGAGCCGAACCAUCAGCACAGGACACCCACUGUACACUGGACCACAGUCCCACCACUCAAGUACUACUGCAGGAACCCAGAGCAAAACGAGGAGACGGGGCUGACAGAGUUCAGACUGACGGGUCCUCUGCAGUACCUGACCUGGUACCACGCUGUGGGUCUGGUGUGGAUCAGUGAGUUCAUCCUGGCCUGUCAGCAGAUGACUGUGGCCGGAGCCGUGGUCACUUACUACUUCACCAGGGACAAGAACCGGCUACCGGUGACCCCAAUCCUGUCCUCAGUUCUGAGGCUGGUCCGGUACCACCUGGGUACUGUUGCCAAGGGGUCCUUCAUCAUUACUCUGGUGAAAGUUCCUAGACUCGUCCUCAUGUACAUCCACAAUCAGCUCAAAGGACGGGAGAACGUGUGCGCUCGCUGCCUGCUCAAAUCCUGUAUCUGCUGCCUGUGGUGUUUGGAGAAGUGCCUCAACUACCUGAACCAGAACGCAUAUGCAGCCACAGCCAUCAACAGCACCAGUUUCUGCACAUCGGCACGCGACGCCUUCGUCAUCCUGGUGGAGAACGCUCUGCGCGUCGCCACAAUCAACGCUGUCGGAGACUUUGUGCUCUUCCUGGGGAAGAUCCUAAUUAUGACGUCAACGGCGUUUGCUGGCGUCCUGCUCCUGAACUACCAGCGUGAUUACGCCGAGUGGCUGCUGCCGCUCGUCAUCGUGUGUCUCUUCUCCUUCCUGGUGGCUCAUUGCUUCCUGUCCAUCUUUGAAAUCGUGGUGGACGUCCUCUUCCUGUGCUUCGCCAUCGACACCAAGUACAACGACGGCACUCCGGGGAAGGAGUUCUUCAUGGACAAAGCUCUGAUGGAGUUUGUAGAAAGCAGCCGGCGGUUGGAGCGAACAGGUGGACGUGGGCGGAGUCGAGUAAAGGAGGCGGCGUCGGAGGGGGCGGAAAUGAAGCCCAUGGUGAGUGAAUGCAGUGCUGGAGGGGGCGCGGCCAGGCGGAAAGCCUCCUUAGAGGGGGUGGGUGCAGGGCCACACUGGGGCGAGGGGGAGGAGUGGGAGGAGCUCCAGGAGUUUCAGGUGUACUACCUGCUGGUGGGGGUUCUGGUGGACUGGGUGCUGAUGAAACCAAACGACUUUGUCCUCUGCCUCAGUGAGGAUGUCGUCCUCUUCCUCUGCAUCUACCUGCCCACCUCCACCCUCUUCCUGGUUGUCAGCCUCCUGCACAUGCCAAGCCCCGCCCCCUUUGCCAAGUCAACUGCUAAAUCACCCGCCGUCACCGCCACGUGCUAA